AUGUUUAUUUCAUUAUUAGCUAUCUUGGCAUUGUCUGCCAUUAUGAAUAAUGAAUUUACUAUCGCAAUUGACCAAGCCGGGCGUGAUGCAGUAGUUUACUGGCACAAUUAUUUCCGUGCCGAACUAGUUGCAGGAAGGGUUAAAAAUAAAACUGGAGAGCUUCUGCCAAAAGCAAAAGAUAUGAAAAAAAUGGAAUUUUCUUUAGAACUUGAAAAGCAAGCACAGGCAUGGGCUGAUAAAUGCACUUAUAGUCAUUCGGACCCAUAUGGGAAUUAUGGAGAGAAUUUCUAUGCUUAUGCAAGAAUGGACAAUGAUUCUGCUGCCAUCGAGUAUGUAGUAAAAGGAUGGUGGUCAGAGUUGGAAUACAGAGGAGCUUUGGGACCUUAUCCUGGCCAAGACUGCGUUGCAUUUGAUGCACCUCAAAAUAAUAGAGGUAUUGGACAUUGGACACAACUUGCCUGGUAUAGCACGUAUCAAGUCGGGUGUGGAAUUGGACGUUGCCCCAAAUAUAAAUCUUAUGUUGUUUGCCAAUACAAGCCACCUGGAAAUGUUUAUACAGGAUGUGUUUAUCAUGCUGGUGAGCCUUGUACAGAUUGCAAAAAUAAAUGUGAUAGUAAAACCAAACUUUGCCUUAAUUGA